UUAGGUGACGUGUGUCAUGUCUGUCAUGUCAUUUUAGGAUUGUCGCCGAUUUAUAAAAAGGCCGAAAAUAUGGAACAAUUAAAGCUUUCAUCUUUAUUUGCGUUAUUCUUGAUAUUCGAUUUAACCUCCGCUCUAUAUUUCCACAUAGGGGAGGGGGAGCGAAAAUGCUUUAUCGAGGAAAUACCGGAUGACACAACUGUUAUGGUGAACUACAAGGUGGAGCUAUAUGACCCUCGUUCUGGCGGGUUCAUGCCCUCAUCGCCCGGGAUCGGCAUGCACGUGGAAGUCCGUGACCCCAACGACGGCGUGGUGCUGUCUCGGGUGUACUCCUCAGAGGGCAAGAUCUCCUUCACAUCCACUACUCCCGGAGAGCAUGUCAUUUGCAUGUACUCUAAUAGUACCUCUUGGUUCAGCGGCUCUCAGUUACGGGUACACUUAGACAUCCAAGUAGGUGAACACGCCGUGGACUACGCGAAUGUGGCACAAAAGGACAAGCUGACAGAGCUGCAGCUGCGGAUCCGACAGCUGCUGGACCAGGUGCACCAGAUCACCAAGGAGCAGAGCUACCAGCGGCACCGCGAGGAGCGCUUCAGACAAACAUCUGAGAGCACCAACCAGCGCGUGCUGUGGUGGAGCUUGCUGCAGACUGGUGUGCUUGUUGGCAUCGGCUACUGGCAGAUGAGGCAUCUCAAGAGCUUCUUCGAGGCUAAGAAACUAGUGUAAAAACCUUAAGAUUAGCCUUUUUACUCCGUUAGUACUUAUAGUUACAUCUCCACCAGAUAUUUGGGGCUUUCCAGACUGUUUUCUAUACAUAAUUAGUUCCUGUUCACACCAUACAAACUCAACACUGGUAUUUUAUUUGUCUAGUCUACAUAAUAAUGUCAUUACUGGUUCAUCUGUUAAUAAGAAAGUUUGGUGUCUUAAAAAGGUUAAAAUAUGAGUAUUACUUUAUAAGCCUUUGAGUAGUCCCAAUUUGUAAAAUCUAAAUUAUAAUAGAGUCUGAAAAACAACACAAUGUCAGUGUCGUGAAAGCUUAAAAUAUUAUUAUUUUGGUACCUCUAUGUGAUGGAUCAAGCCCCGCGAUAUGGAGACGGGGCUUAACACCCCUGGAUAACUCCCUGAUGAGGGAUAACAGGAUAUCAUCAUCAUGUGAUGGAGGUACAUAUCAUGUUUUUCAUAAGAGAAGUUAAGUGCUAUUGAAUGGACUUAGACCUGAGGUUAGAGUUCAGGUCUAAGUCCAAACAUGAUGUGUAUCAUCCUCCAUCACAAAGAAAGAAGAAGAAGUUAAGUGCUAUUGUAUGAACUUACAGUCUGUAUCUUUAGAUCUGUAUUUAAAUAAAAGUAAACAAAAUCUACCCUCAAAUGGCUCCUUAAGGCAGUUGAAGGUAGAUAAAACAGGUUAAAGUCAGGUCGUUCAGUGACUGAUCCAGGCGGUUUGUAUUUGGUUGGUUAACCAAUAAAUGUUAUAACUACCCGAAAAUGUACAAAUGAUUUGUUUACUUUUAUUUAAACACAUAAAGAUCUCUUACCUAAGACUACUGUCUUACCUAACACAGUAGUUAGGUAAGAGUUCAUGUCUAAGUCCAUUCAAUAGCACUUAGCUUCUAUACUAAGUUGACAAACUUUCAUCAGCUAGCAUAAAAUAAAUGGCAGUUCUACAUGAUUUGCACAUGUGAUUUAUAAUCAUAAAUAAGAUGGUUAUCACAUUUCUACCACAUCCACAAAUCACAUCAGUUUGAUAACCAUUACUUUCAAUCUAUUCUUCACAUCACAAAUAUAUCUUUGAAAUAUGAAAUAAAGUGGAUUUAUAUAAAUCUCUUUCAAUCUAAAUUAGAUCAUGGGAAUUUCUGGUAUAAAACAAUAAACAAAUGUUUUCGAAAUGUAUGAAUAAUAGUUAGAACUAUCGUUUUAGAAACAAAUAAUAUAUACUACUACUAAUGUAUAUUUGAUGUGUUUUGCAAGUGAUCUGUAUUUUUUGAUUAAAAAACAUAAGUUUAAA